CAUUUACUGCGUCGCAUGCGCAGUUUGUGUGCAGCAGUGAAGCAGCGAGCACAGCGGAAAUCCACCCUAAAACUGUUUAUUUUCCCACUCACAUUAGAAAAGACCGCGUUCAUAUUUAGGGUGCAUCGUCCUUUAAAAGGCCCGCGGAGCGGAGGCAGCAGAGACCAGCAGACGGCGGAGGAGACGGUCGGCUUCAGCAGCUCGCACCAGAGACCACAAUGGACCGAUAAACGUCACUGUUUGGGGCGAUGUUCAGAUUUGGUUGCCAUGGAAGCGGAUACGACACCAAAAUUCUCCUCAAAGGAUGAGGAAAUCGACUUCUGGAAGUCUCUUUCCCACAAGUACAAGAACAGCUGUCAGGAGGCCCAGGAGGAGCUGCUGGAGUUUCAGGAGGGCAGCAGGGAGCUGGAGGCCGAGCUGGAGGCGCAGCUGGGCCAAGCCGAGCAUCGCAUGAAGGACCUGCAGUCUGAGAACCAAAGACUCAAGAAUGAGGUCGAAAUUCUCAAGGACAAGCUGGAGCAGCAGUACUCGCAGAGCUACAAGCAGAUCUCCAUGCUGGAGGACGACCUCGGCCAAACCCGCAGCAUCAAGGAUCAGCUCCACAAAUACGUCCGAGAGCUCGAGCAGUCCAAUGACGACUUGGAGAGGGCGAAAAGGGCUACGAUCGUGUCUCUGGAGAACUUCGAGCAGCGCCUGAACCAGGCCAUCGAGAGGAACGCCUUCCUGGAGAGCGAGCUGGACGAGAAGGAGUCGCUUCUGGUCUCCGUGCAAAGAUUAAAGGAUGAAGCCAGAGACUUGCGGCAGGAGCUGGCGGUCCGGGAGAGGCAGUCGGAUGUGAGCAGGAUGUCCGCUCCGAGUUCGCCCACGCAGGACAACGUGAAGAUGGACUCUGCUGUUCAGGCCUCGCUUUCCCUCCCUGCUACCCCGCUGAGCAAAGGUCUGGACAACGCCUUCGCCAACCCAACGGUGCUCUCAAACGGAUACGGCAGCAACUCGCCGCUGACUCCCUCCGCCAGGAUAUCAGCCCUCAACAUCGUCAGUGAUUUGCUCCGGAAAGUCGGGGCUCUGGAGUCAAAGCUUGCAGCUUGCAGGAACUUUGCCAAGGACCAGAGAGCGAGGAAGGCGUACGCUCUGGACAACGGCAACGUGCUCAACGCAAACACAGCAAACUACUCGCAGUCCCUUCAUACGUCAUACUUUGACAAAGCGACAGAGAUGGUCACGUUCCCUGCGUUGGUUUUGGCAGGACCGUGAACGGACUGAAACCUGGCAACCUGACAGCCAUCACCGCCCCUCCCGCUGCCUCCUCCCCGGGCUUAGUGCCCCUCGCUGUGUGACAGUAACCCCCCACCACACCCCACUUUAAACCCAUCCAUCCUGCAAUUGGAAAAUCUAAGAAAGAGGAGGCCCCCGGACAAAGUGGGAACACAAAUGUCCGAUACUGUCAAAGUGUUGAUGUUCUGUCCUCUCGUGUCCUCACACUCUCUGUUGUUCCGAGUUGACACUUGUGCUUCGUUCCUGCUGUUAUGACGGGCCCUCGUCUGUGUGUUUUAUGUGUUGCUCGAUCUGCUGUUUGCUCACACAAAGAUGGCGACCGACCGUUUAAAGAUUCCUGGAGGAUCCCCCCUGAUUUGUGAAACGUGUGCACCAUAUUCUCUAAGAAGGGAAAUUUUAUGCAAUUGAAACGUGUUCUGAGCAGGAAGUCUUGAUGACAGUUUUGUGCUCUCACACGACUGCUGAAACCGUAAAUGACAGGUUUAAUUACUGACGUUUCAAAGGGUCCAACAGGUGAGCCUCACAGGCUGAUGUUUUUAACUUCUGCUGAGGAUUCAAGUGAUUUUGGCUUUUAACUGUUACCUCAUCACUCCUGUGUUUUGUUGCAUUUGACUUCUGUUUGGUUUGAAAAUGGUCUCAAAUAAAAGUCUUGGUGUCCUUGUAGUGAGUCAGACACUCCAGCUGUCCUCUCAGCUGUGUGACAUGAUGUGUACAGUUUUGGUCAUAUUGAUCGUUGUUUAUAGGCGGCCGCUGAAGUGGUGCUGUCGUCGUGUUCACAACAUUUAAGCAGCCUUCCUGUGUUCUGUCGUCAGAAGUGUUUUAGUCACGUUUCUGUUUGUUUGUUUGUUUUUUAUUUGUUCCACCUUUUCAUUAAUGUACAGCAAGUGAAGCACUUUGACCUUGUGGGAACUUUUCCAUUUUCAUUCAAGUGCAAUAUUGCCUGUUAGUUAGUUUGUGGGUUUCAUUUAUUUUCAGAUUUCUUUUACAGCAUGUUUUAAUAAAAGAUGUAAUUAAAGUCAAUCUGUUAGA